GAAAUAAAAAAAUUAUUAUCCAAACUCGAUUGAAAUUGAAUAAACUUACCGAGCCGAGCGAACUACCCGACUCUAGUCGGAACGGAUUUACCGGGCUGGGCGACUUGCACAGGUGUAUUACAAGGUCUAUUAUUAUAAAGAACUGGACUUUUGGGUAUCUUUUGCACAGUAACUGAGGACCGUAUGUCUGUUUGAGCUUUCAUGGUGUCUCAUUCGAACAAAAUCGUACUCUUUAAUCGUGACUUUUGUGGCCUGAGCUCUUUUCUCUACGGAUAUCAUCGUCGUCGUCAUCAUCUUGUUGUUUGCAUAUAGUGGAAGUCAAGUUCAUGUCUCCAUCAGGUGAAGAACCCUACUCUUCACUCUUCACAUUCUCUGUCUCAGUGGUCUUCAAUUUUCAACUUUUCCCCUCCCCUUUUCCCCUUUUGCUAUUCAUCUGUGCUAAAGGUAAUCAUGAGACUAUGCUGUGCUAAAGAAGACCAAAAAUAUUGCAGAUAAUUUAAGUCAAGAAGAUUGGAAUUGGCCAUUGGGUUUUUUUUUUCCCCUAAGAACCGAGAACUAGACCGAAAACAGUUACAGUUUGAGAAGAAAAGAGAAGAAAGGCAAAAAGGAAGAAACUUUGGAGAGAAAUGAGUGGUGGAGCGGAAGAAGGGGCAACAUUAGAGCAUACGCCAACAUGGAUUGUUGCAGCAAUUUGUACUGUGAUUGUUGCCAUUUCUUUGGCUAUGGAACGUUUGCUUCAUGUUGUUGGGAAUGUUUUGAAGAGAAAACAACAGAAACCACUCUUUGAGGCUCUUUUGAAAGUUAAAGAGGAGUUGAUGCUCUUGGGGUUUAUAUCAUUAUUGCUGACAGUAUUUCAGAAUGCAAUUUCUAAAAUCUGUGUAUCAAGUGACGUAUUAACUAGCAUGCUUCCUUGUAAAAGGGAAGACAAUAAAGAAACCGGGGAGGGCUCCAAUCAUACGACAUCACAUUUUCAGAAGUAUUUUGCUUUAACCCUGUCUGGUGGAACCAGGCACCUACUGGCUGAGACCCCUUCCACGGGAUACUGUGCUAAGAAGGGUAAGGUACCUUUGUUGUCUGUUGAAGCGCUGCAUCAACUGCAUAUUUUUAUCUUUGUCCUGGCCAUUGUUCAUGUAACAUUCUGUGUUCUCACAGUUUCUUUUGGAGGGCUAAAGAUACGUGAAUGGAAGAGGUGGGAAGAUUCAAUUGCAGAGAAGAAUUAUGAUUCAGAGCAAGUGCUGAAGAAAAAAGUCACUCAUGUGCAGCAGCAUGCUUUUAUCCAAGAGCAUUUUCAGGGUCUUGGUAAAAAUUCAAUUCUGCUAGGAUGGGUGCAUUCUUUUUUUAAGCAAUUCUAUGCAUCGGUGACCAAAUCAGAUUAUGUGACACUAAGGCUAGGUUUCAUCAUGACACAUUGCAGGGGGAAUCCCAAGUUUAAUUUUCACAGAUACAUGAUCCGUGCCUUGGAAGAUGAUUUUAAGCAAGUUGUUGGAAUAAGUUGGUAUCUCUGGGUUUUUGUGGUCAUCUUCUUGUUGCUGAAUGUUAAUGGCUGGCAUACUUAUUUCUGGAUUGCUUUCAUUCCUUUCAUUCUUCUACUUGCCGUGGGCACCAAGCUCGAGCAUGUGAUUACUCAAUUGGCUCAUGAGGUUGCCGAGAAACAUGUAGCCAUUGAGGGGGAAUUAGUGGUUCAACCAUCGGAUGAUCACUUUUGGUUCAACAAGCCUCGUAUUGUCCUCUUCUUGAUCCAUUUUAUCCUCUUCCAAAAUGCUUUUGAGAUAGCUUUUUUCUUCUGGAUUUGGGUUCAAUUUGGCUUCGACUCCUGCAUCAUGGGUCAAGUUCGUUAUAUCGUUCCUAGGCUCGUUAUAGGGGUUUUCAUUCAGGUACUUUGCAGUUAUAGCACCUUGCCACUUUAUGCUAUUGUCACACAGAUGGGAAGCUCGUUUAAGAAGUCGAUAUUCGAUGAGCAUGUGCAAGUAGGUCUUGUUGGUUGGGCACAGAAGGUGAAGAAAAAGAAAGGCUUAAAAGCUGCUACUGGGUCUGCAGCUCAAGAAAACUCUGAGCAAAACCCUUCGGUUGCAAUUCAGAUGGGGAGAGUGUUGCGCAAUGCAUCUGCUCCUGAGGAGAUUCAUCCUUCACACGGUACAUACUGAGCGGUGCUGAGAGGCAGUGGAGCCAUACUUCAGAAAAUAUUUAUUAGGUAAUAGCAUUUGUUAUGUUUAUAUCGGAUGUACCUAGAUUCGCACCAGUGGUUUGCUUUGCGUUGCUUGGUUUUUUAGUAUAUUGUGGGUAUCAGAUUUAGAAUGAAAUGGUCAUCAGUACAGGAAAAAUUUGUUUUCUACUAAAAAGAUAGCUUGGUGAACAAGUCAAGUUUGAAAA